CCGCCAACGGAGACGCUUAGCGGCUGUAAAACAGCCAUUCCCACUAGAUAUCCCACAUAGAUGUUUAUCACUAUCCACUGUGACUGAAAACCGAAAUAGCUCCGUAUCAAAUGGUAUAAGCUAAAUAAUUACGCGUUUCAACUGUAAGAGUGUGUCGCUUAGUAACGAAAUGCUAAAACGCGUAUUAGGAUACGACUUCCCAACGAUGUUCCUGUCUACGGCUGCUGUUACCAAGUUGCUCUGUUUAUUGUUGGUGGUGUGUUCAGUGGGAUGUCUCCAGUUAGACAGUCAGGCCUCCACACGAAGGCCGAGGGUCACGAAGUACAGUAAGACCACCGCAGCCCCUGGCGGAUCAACGGAGGCAGUUACGGAGAGAAGUCUGGACACAGCAACGUACAGACUGCGAGAUGGAGAAGAAACGUGCAUUCUCCUCACGGUCGACGCGCUUCUCGACAUAUCGUAUCUCACCAAACUGAACGAGAGAGCUGACGCAAACACGUUCGUACCAAACAACGCGAAUGUAGCGGGGGUAUGCAAGGAGGGUGACGCCGAAACCCUCAUCCUGUCCUUCAAGGAGUUCUCAUUAGAGUGGUCAUUUGCUAAGACGCCCGGCGGAGAGCGUUGGUAUGUCAACAGCAUACGACUCACGUACAAUUCGAGUGCGAGGAUACUCGAGCACGCGGCGAAGCAAGGCCGCAAGGUCACGCUGACCACGGACCCCAGGGCGCUACUGUUCCCUACGCCCGUGGGGAAAUCCUUCUACUGCCCAGAGGAGACCAUCGUCGAACUCACAGAAAGCGACACAAGCGCGGCGACGGCGCACCGCGCGAAAUUAUACCUACGCCAGAUGAGGCUGCAAGCCUUCAUGUACCGACGCGAGGGCUCAUUCGGCGCGGCGUGGAGAUGUGCAGACGCAGCACGCGGACGCUCGGAAGCGGCGCCGGUGGCAGUAGGAGCGGCGCUUGCUCUCGCCACUGCGGCUACGCUUGCUGGGUACGCGAUAUGGCGGUACUUGAAGGUUAAGAAGGUGCAGUAUGAUACUAUGGAGUGAGGGUGAGGAGGCGGAAAGACAUACUGUAGGAGUAGGACUAUGGCGACGCGGACAUUCUGAUAUUCCUGAUCUUAGAAAUAGAGAAUGAACUGAACGACGUUCACAUGAAAUUGACUACUCUCAAGAAAGAUGGUAGAAGCAGUUGAAGCAUAGACCAAUCGGGUUUUUGUGACACGCUUACCAGCCAAGCUUUACUUUACAGUUUCAGUAAUGGAACGCUCGGUCUGCUCUUUGUGUUUUUGUCUCCAAAUUGCGCCAAUAAAUAAAUACAACGAGAGACCCCCAUGCGCGUCAUUCCUGCCGGCUUACUCGCUACCUUUUUAUCCAUCGAUGCUUUGCAGAACAAGUAUCUUAGUGGCGUUAUAAUAAUUGCAGUAAUGGAUCACUAAAUAGCUCGGUGAUUAUCAAUUCCAUCUGCCAAAAGUAGUUAGCGAAUAGGUCUACUGGUCAUAGACGUGGGCAAUGGACUGAAGGUUUCCUAUCCAGCAGUGUGAUACAGACGAAGAGAUCAUGCGGCCAUUAGGUAUUGAGAACAAUACCUGCAGAAGCAUCAUCGCUUUCUCUCUUUCUAGAGAGUCGUUGAUUUUAUGCUACGGCUACAAGUGCUUGUUCAGUCCAUUCACUUCUGACUCGCACCAAGAAACAAUGACGAUGCGAGAUAUUAUGUCCUUCUUACACAUUGUGAUUGGAAAGGGAAGAAUGUCUAGCGUCGCCGUUCUCGAUUCGUUUUAUGUACCAGUGCGAGUCAUACUCACAGAAGCGACCUAGCAUUGAUAGAG